CAACAAGACCAACAUGAGUGACCGAGUUACUCAUUACAUGUGAUUUUAUAAUUUGGAGAUAAGACUUGGGCUUCAAGCACUGAUUCCUGCCAGUCAGGACAAUCCUGGGAUCCCACCACUUCAGGAAUAUUGGGAUUGUUUUGUUCCUCCUUUUCUCUAUCCAGUUGAACAAGAUACAGCAUCAUGAGCGUGGAAUCCAAAAAAACACGUGAGGCCUGUUGUUCUAAGCUCAAGCUAUUCCUUGUCUCUUUGGCAUUUGUGUACUUUGCCAAAGCUUUUGGCGGGUCCUACAUGAAGAGCUCCGUCACCCAGAUUGAGAGACGCUUCGACAUCCCCAGCUCUCUGAUUGGGGUCAUAGAUGGCAGCUUUGAAAUGGGAAACUUGCUGGUCAUCGCCUUUGUGAGCUACUUCGGUGCAAAGCUCCAUCGUCCCAGGCUGAUUGGUAUCGGCUGCUUGGUCAUGGCCGCCGGAUCGUUCAUUGUUGCGUUGCCGCAUUUCCUGCAGGGCCCGUAUAAAUAUGAGACCAGUAUGUCACACAACACUCAGGUCAACAGCACUGAAAGCAUCCUGCCAUGUUUGUCCAACCACAGCCUGGAUGAGAAGGGUGAAAUCUCAGAUGAAAAAAGGGAAGCUUGUGAAAAGGGAGUUGGCUCUUCCAUGUGGAUCUACGUUUUCCUGGGAAACAUGCUGCGUGGAAUUGGAGAGACUCCCAUCAUGCCUUUGGGAAUAUCCUAUCUGGAUGACUUUUCCAAACACGAGAACACUCCUUUCUAUUUGGCCUGCAUUCAUACAACGGGUAUAUUAGGUCCUAUGUUUGGGUUCAUGCUGGGGUCCUUCCUUGCCAAGACCUACGUGGACAUUGGAUUUGUCGAUUUAGAUAGCAUCACCAUCACCUACAAGGACUCUCGCUGGGUGGGAGCCUGGUGGCUGGGAUUCAUCUUUACUGGUGCAGUGAUUCUGCUGGCGAGCAUCCCCUUCUUUUUCCUGCCCAAGUCUUUGCCGAAACAAGGGGAAGAGGCAGAAGAUGGCAACAAAAUUACAGAGCUAUCUUCUGGGCCAGAACAGGAGAGUUUUCUACCAGAUGAAACCGAAGAUGCUGUUGACAAAGAGAAGCCCAUCACAUUUAAGGAAAUGGCUAAAGAUUUUGUUCCUUCACUGAAGAGACUCUUUAGGAACAGCAUCUACACGAUGAUGAUUCUCACCCACCUGGUUGCAGUCAACGGUUUCAUUGGCAUGAUCACUUUUAAACCUAAAUUCAUGGAGCAGAUCUACGGUCAGGCAGCAUCUAAAGCCAUUUUUCUCAUAGGCAUCAUGAACCUGCCCGCAGUCGCUCUGGGCAUGAUCACCGGUGGUUUUGUGCUGAAACGUUUCAACCUGGGUGUUGUUGGAGCGGCCAGAGUGGCCAUCACUGCAUCUCUUGGAUCCUUUUCUUUGCUUGCCCUGCAGGGCUUCUUCCACUGUGACAAUGCAGAGGUGGCUGGUUUGACUGUUGCCUAUCAAGGUUAUCAACAAGUAUCCUACAAUUAUUCCACACUUUUGUCGCCGUGCAACAUGGGCUGUUCCUGCUCCAUGAAGCACUGGGAUCCAGUAUGCGCCUAUAACGGCAUGACGUACGCCUCUCCCUGCCUGGCUGGCUGCCAGACCUCCACUGGGACAGGAAAAGCAAUGGAGUUUCAUAACUGUACCUGUGUUGGGGACUUCAUGACUCCUGCUGCGAACAUGUCUGCUGUGCUGGGCCAGUGUCCGAGGAAGAGCGAUUGUGAUUAUAAAUUUAAAAUCUACAUGGCUUUGACGGUGGUGGGAGCAUUCAUUUCUGCUUGUGGGGCCACACCGGGAUAUAUUGUGUUACUCAGAUCCAUCCAGCCAGAUCUGAAGUCUUUGGCCUUGGGGAUGCAGACCCUGAUUGUGAGAACUCUGGGUGGGAUCCCUCCCCCGAUAUAUUUUGGAGCACUGAUCGAUCGAACUUGUUUGAAAUGGGGAACGAAGCAAUGUGGAGGACGCGGAGCAUGUAGACUUUAUCAUUCCAACGCGUUCAGAAUGACUUUCUUAGGCUUGGUAACUGGACUGUACUUCCUGACCAAUGUGUUGUGGGGAAUUCUCUAUGUUAAAAUCGUCAAGAGACAGAAGAAGCUAGCUCUGAGGAACCAGGCCAAAGACAAGGGAUUGGAGGGUAACACACAGAACAAUGGACCCGCAAACAUCAGCAUUUCUACGAACAAAGAAGAGGAAAACAAGGAGAGUUCGAUUUAACAUAUUACAAGAAGGCUGCAUCAAAUGUGGUAAGGUAGAUGGAUCCCAAACUGGAUCAAAUGUGGUAAGGUACAGUUUUUUUUAGAUAUAGAAGUCACAAUUAGAGCAACGAUCUUACAUUGAAAAAUAUGUGAGCUUUUCCAAACAGUCAAAGUAGCUUGAUUUGAAACUCAACUCACUUUUCAUUGAGUUCAGUUUUUUUUGUUUGUUUUUAAAUACUGGAGGCUAUCAGUCUUGCUUCUGGUGUUUAAACUCACUUUUACAAACUUAUACCACUGAUAAGCAGUUAAUCAUUGUUUUAUUUUAGAGUGAAAGAAAAUCCUGAAAUGUGUCCCAACAAUGCAUUGUGUGUCAACGUAAUUGUUAUGUAAUACAUUACGGUUUUGUUUUUGUUAAAUAAUUUUAUUUUAAUUUGCAACAAGCUGCAGUGACAAUGUCUUCUGAAAUAUUAGUGUCGUAAAGCAAGCCACUGCUUGAAUUGUGAAGCCAUUGGACUCAGAACUAAACUUGUUUUUGUAAUUUACUUUCUUAUUCUUUGCAGCUGUAACAUCCAGUCAUAAAGCACUGACUUAAUUAUCGCUGUUAAUAAUUUGGAUUUACAAAGAAAGUUAGAUGCUUUUUUAUUUUAAUAUGCCAUAUAUGUUGCUUAAGUUUCUGUUCUUCCACUCUCUUUGUACAGUUGAAUAUACAUUAAAGGCAAUAAGUUCAUUA